AUGGAGCUACCGAUUCGACUCAAGCUCGCGCUCGAAGAAGUGCUGUGCGAGUGGGACACCUUUCCACCCGAGACGUCGUCGUCGAUUGGAGUCCCCGUGGCCCAAACGGUCGCGAAUAAUGGGAGCUACAGCGCCAGCUACGACUGGGUGUGUGUCGCGUGCGGCACCGAGAACCGGUUCGAAGACUCGUUCUGCGUCACGUGCUGCGAGCACUACUCCGUGUCCGUACCCGACGCUGGCGCGCCGUCUGCCCCCGAGUUUGACGCCUCGAUGGCGAUGCCAUUGGACGCGGACUGCAACGCGGUGGAACUGUCUCUGCCCGACUCGGCCCCGCAGCCUCCCCCGCGCCAGCCGAGGUAG